AUGUCAUUUCUCUUCAAAUAUUCUGUGGUUCUGCGGAUAAUCAAGGCGCGUGAGCACUGUUACAGAUUGAAGAGAAAGAAGAAGAAGGUGUUCAAGUCUCAAAUGUGCUUCAUAAUUCAGAAUAUUGAGAAGACAGCUCUGCUCUCUGAGCAUGUCAAUCUGCUUAUCACUGAGAUGAAACCUGAGGCAGCAGAUCAGAAAAUGCAGGAUUUUAAGACACAGAUUGACCUGGCUGAGAGAAAGUAG